AUGGCCAGCAUCCUGCUGGCUACAUUUUUCCUCACAGUGUUUGCUUCUGCGCAAGAGUCGUGUAAUGGUCUCAGUCCAAUUUAUGUCGACUUCCACGAUCGGAAUGUGAACAACACGGAGACACGAAUACAGUACGGUCUCUUUAUUGGCGUCGGCACGCCCUUUCAAAAUCAGAGCUUGUGGCCUAGCAUACGGCGGAAUGAGACGACAUUCAGCGGACCGGACUACUGUGGUAGCAACAGCAGCGAUCUGUGCAUGCAGCAGACACAUGGGACAUACAGAACGGAGGACUCUCAGACUUUUGAAAGCGUCUCAUUUGAGGUCAGAGACAAGAACCUCAGCAUCGCGCCCGCCGAUGUAGCGGCGAUGGGCAAUGAUACGCUACGAAUAUACGAGCAUUACUUCGACCCAUCACCACCCAUGCUCCACAACAUCACUGACUUUCCAGUGACUGAAUUGACCGACUACAAGUCUAAUCGGUCGUCGUGGUACGGUCCGUCUGGUCAGCUUGGUCUGGGCGCCGAUGCACCCAUCUUGUCACGUCUAGUUGAACAGGGUGCUAUCAGCACGCGCUCCUUUGGGCUCUAUGUUGGGACCGCCUAUCCUCGCGCUGGCGGUGCCAUCAAUGGCUCGCUGACACUUGGGGGAUUCGACUCCGGCCGACUUGAAGGCGAUGCAUACAACUAUACCCUUACGACGGACUAUGACGCCGGUGCUGGGGAGACACCCUUUCGUGUGGAAGUCCAGAGCGUGGUUCUCAACGACUUGAGCGACAACAAUUCCUCCACGACACUAAGCUCAGAACCUUUUGAUGCUUUUCUUACUACUGAUCAGUACAGCAUGAGCUUCCCUCAGUCUAUCACCGACGCAUUUCUGAAACGAACUUCCACUGACCCUGAGGUUCGCGAGAAUGAUUUCUCGGAACCAUCACUCUACCUCCCGGAGACGGCGAACUUUAGUCUGACAAUCAAUCUAUCGUCAGGACUGCGUGUCAUAAUCCCUCCUGAAGAACUGAGAAACGUGUCCAACGCCAGUCCGAUCUCUCCACCAACAUUGCUCUCCUCCAGUGCCAACUCCACGACUAGUUUAUCCGGCCCUCCACUUCUCGGGUCGUCUUUCCUCGCCCAUCUCUACCUAUCAGUAAACUAUGAUGCAGAGCCAUCACCUGCGUUCUAUCUGAAUGACGCACGACCUCACGGGCCAUACGUCAUGACGCAGCCGCUGUGCGCUUCAGACAGUGUUCCUGUAGGCGUAGAACCCGUCAAGGUAUCGAGCUGGAGCCGUAAAGGUACGAUUGGUGCUGUGCUCGGAGGCGUGAUCGGCGGAGUUGCCCUUGUCGUUGUUGCGUGGUGGUGUUGGGUCGGACAGCGGUGGCGGCGGUUGCGGCGGCAGUCGAACCUCGACGACGCCAGUUCUGGAAAAGAUUUCACGAAGUGGACCGGCGAUCCGGAACAAGAUGCGCUGAAUGAAGCUUUGGUAGGCGAAACGGGAGGGAAACGGGCAAAGGCUGCAGCGUUUCUGACUGGUGGCCGCAGAGGCGCAGGCAAGGGUAAGGGAAGAUCGCUUGGAGAAAGAGCAUAUGCAGUGGCGGAGCAGGACUUGCAUACAAGGGACGGGAGCGAGAGCUCGGAAAGUGAGGACAGCCACGAAAUGCAGCGCUUUGCGGCAGUGACCGUGCCCGCAGCAUAUGCACACCCAAGUCAGCCACAACCACAGCAGCGUGUGGAGAAUCCUUCGCGAUACUAUGCGAAGACACCGCCAGCUCACCCGGAGAGCACAGACACACAGCUGUACAGGUCAUUCAGCUAUGAAGAACAGCCUCAGUCCACAGUCAUCGGCCAGGCUAUUACCACGCCGCCGCCCGGAUCUGCGCCCUCAGAAAAUGCCCACGGGUUGACGACACCAACACAUACCCUCCGCUCGAUCUCUCCAGUCUCGCCAAUUUCACCACUCCUACCAGAUACGCCACCGCAGCAUUCAUCGAUCUUGCCGCCGAGUAACGGCGAGGCGUUCCCAUUCACUCUGCCGCCCCUCGCUUUCGCAACCUCGGGUACGGCACCACAAGCGAAUGGAUCACAAGCAUUAUCUAAUGGUGGCACAGAGCUUGGCAAAGUUCGAACUCUUGACCAGAGCCCAGAUUUCGAUGCAGAUCUGAACUUCGAUCUGGCGACGAUACCUCUGAGCCCGAGUUUGGUCAACACGAAUACAAAUUCGAGCUUAGAUCGCACCGGAAGUGCGAGUCCGUGGACAUAUACUGGGGAGGCUAGGAUUGGACGGCGAGUGAGGGUGGGUGAAUGA